AUGACCAAAGAAAACAUUCUCUUCAUUGGAAGCGUCCGUCACGCCAAAGUUCAAGAAGCAGCCCUCGCUGCAAAAUACAACAUCCACUAUGCUGCUCCGACGCGUAAGGAGCUGUUCGAGCAGCUUGAGACGGCGAAGAGGGAGGGUAUCACCUUCAAGGCCCUCUACCGCGGCUUCGCCUCCCACUAUACCCUCGGAAGAGUCGACGAACCACUCCUCUCUGCCCUCCCCACCGGCCUAGAACUCAUCGGAUCCGUCGGUGCCGGCUACGAUUUCGUCGACGCCGAGGCAGCAACUCGCAACAACCAAUGGGUCACCAACACGCCCAGAGUCGUCGACGACGCCACCGCAGACGCCACCAUCCUCCUCCUCCUCUCGACUCUCCGUCACCAAUACGAGGUCGAAUACAACAUGCGUCAUGGACUGCCCAACAAGCCCAGAAUCGGAAGAGACCCUUCAGGCAUGAUCUUUGGAAUUGUCGGCAUGGGCGGGAUUGGUAAAGCCGUCGCCAAGAGAGCUCAGGCACUUGGUAUGAAGGUCGUCUACCACAACCGCCGUCCCAUCUCUUUCAAUGGGGAAGACGACGACGAGGCUUACUUGAAGGAAGUGGAGUAUCUCCCAACAUUAGACGCAAUCCUCACAACCUCGGACGUCGUCUCCAUCCACGUCCCCCUCUCAGCCGAGACACGCCACCUCAUCCGCGCCGAACAGUUCCAGAAGAUGAAGUCUGGAGCCUAUUUUCUCAACACUUCCCGUGGGCCCGUCGUCGACGAAGAGGCUCUCGUUCAAGUCCUAGAAUCGGGUCAUAUCGCUGGUGCCGGUUUGGAUGUGUUUGAGCACGAGCCCAAGGUCCACCCUAAGCUGUUGAAGAACAUGAACGUUGCAUUGAUGCCUCAUUUGGGCGCAUUUACCAUCGAGACUAUCACAAAGAUGGAGGCUUUGACGAUGAAGAACAUUGACCUCUUCUUGUCCUCUGGCUCCCUCCUCACUCCCGUCAACAACAUUCCUCAAGCCCUUUGA